UUACGUCCUCUGCUUACGGGCACAUUUGUCUGCCGUAUUAAGUUAGCAGGGGUGAAGUCCCGUUCAUUUUGAAUGUGAUUUGUUUUGGCCAAUUGAAAACAAAGUCACAGCCGCCGCUUCACACUCUGAGGACUUUUAAUUUGACGGUGAGCUCCGGAUGUCAGGUGGGUCCUGUUCGGGCCACUGUGAAAACGGCUCGGGGAUGUUCGGCUCGAUUUCGGGCUGAAACGUCAGCUAACGCUACAUGUCAAUGGUAGUAAAACCACACGGAACCGUGUAAUUCCUGCCACUCAUAUGGAUCCGAACCGGAUAAUCCAGGCUCUGAAGGGCACCAUCGACCCCAAUCUGCGGUUAGCGGCCGAGAAUGAACUCAAUCAGUCGUACAAGAUCAUCAACUUUGCUCCGACGCUGCUGCAGAUCAUCGUGUCGGAGCAGGUGGAGUUUCCGGUCCGCCAGGCAGCCGCCAUCUACCUGAAGAACAUGGUCAGUCAGUACUGGCAGGACAGAGAGCCCACUUUAGGAAAAGGUGUCUUUCCCUUCAACAUCCACGAGAAUGACCGUCAACAGAUCAGAGAUCACAUAGUGGAAGGAAUCAUCCGCUGCCCAGAGUCCAUACGCGCUCAGCUGACCAUGUGUCUUCGCGCCAUCAUCAAACACGACUUCCCUGGACGCUGGACGGCCAUCGUGGACAAACUCAGCAUGUACUUGCAGUCGCAGAACAGCGGCAGCUGGUAUGGAAGCCUGCUGGCGCUUUACCAGCUGGUCAAGACAUACGAGUACAGGAAAGCGGACGAGAGGGAGCCACUGUUGGCUGCCAUGCAGAUCUUCUUGCCUCGGAUCCAGCAGCUGAUCGGCCAGCUGCUGCCAGACGCUACCAUCUUCUCAGUUCUCAUUCAGAAGCAGAUUCUUAAGAUCUUUCACGCUCUUGUACAGUAUUCACUCCCUCUCCAACUCAUCAACAACACCGUGAUGACCCAGUGGAUGGAAAUCCUGCGAGCCAUAAUGGACCGGGACGUUCCUGCUGAGACGCUGGAGGUAGAUGAGGACGACCGCCCAGAGCUGGCCUGGUGGAAGUGUAAGAAGUGGGCCAUGCGGAUCAUCACCAGACUGUUUGAGCGAUACGGAAGCCCAGGCAAUGUAACGAAAGAGUACUCAGAGUUUGCAGACUUCUUUGUGAAGACGUACUCCGUGGGAAUCCUGCAGGUGCUUCUGAAGGUGGUGGACCAGCACCGGCAGAAACAGUACGUGGCGCCUCGAGUUCUACAGCAGUGCCUCAACUACAUGAACCAGAGUCUGUCACAUUCGCUUACCUGGAAACAGAUGAAGCCUCACAUGCAGACUAUCUGCCAGGAGGUCAUCUUCCCGCUCAUGUGCUACAAGGAGGAGGACGAGAAGCUCUGGCAGGAGGACCCAUACGAGUACAUCCGCAUGAAGUUCAACCUCUAUGACGACCAUGCGCUUCCUGGCACAGCAGCUCAGAGUCUUCUGUGUAAAGCGGCACGUAUGAGGAAGGAGGUUCUUCCUCAGAUGAUGGAGUUCUGCCAUCAGAUCCUCAUGCAGCCCACGGCUGACCCCCGCAGGAAGGAUGGGGCUCUACACUGUGUGGGCUCUCUGGCAGAGCUGCUGCUGAAGAAGCGGGUGUACCGGGAGCAGAUGGAGCUGAUGCUACAGAACUACGUCUUCCCGCUCCUCAACUCUCCGCUCAACUACCUACGAGCUCGAUCCUGCUGGGUGAUCCACUCGGUCAAUUCGUGCUGGGUGCUGCACUCCUUCAGUCCACUGCGCUUCCAUGACGAGCUGAUGUUGCGCAACGCCGUCGAGUUGGUCAAGCAGGAUCUGGUGGAUGACAAGGAGAUGCCCGUCAAAGUGGAGGCUGCCAUCGCUCUGCAGACGCUGGUCAGCAACCAGGAGCAAGCUAAGCAGUACAUCAGGCCCUACAUCCGGCCGGUCAUGCAGGAGCUGCUCCACGUGGUCAAAGAGACAGAAAACGAUGACCUGACCAACGUCAUCCAGAAGAUGAUCUGCGAGUACAACCAGGAGGUGGCAGCCAUCGCUGUGGACAUGACGCAGAACCUGGCUGAGAUCUUCACCAGAGUCCUCCAGAGUGAGGAGUAUGAGGAGAAUGAGGACAAGACCGUGAUGGCUCUGGGAGUCCUGAGCACCAUCGACACAAUCCUCACCGUCAUGGAGGACCACAAGGAGAUCACGCAGCAGCUGGAAGGCAUCUGCUUGCAAGUGAUCGGCCUGGUCCUGCAGAAGCCCAUCAUAGGUAUGGCAGAGUUCUAUGAGGAGAUCCUGUCGCUGGCCUUCAGUCUCACCUAUCAGACCAUCUCCCCCCAGAUGUGGCAACUCCUGGGCAUUCUAUACGAAGUCUUCCAGCAUGACUGUUUUGACUACUUCACAGACAUGAUGCCUCUGUUGCACAACUACGUCACCGUGGACACAGACAUGCUUCUGUCCAACCCCAAACACCUCGAGGUCAUCUACAGCAUGUGCAAAAAGGUUCUGACCAUCGAUGCCGGGGAGGAUGCCGAGUGUCACGCUGCCAAGCUGCUGGAGGUCAUUAUCCUGCAGUGCAGAGGCCGAGGCAUCGACCAGGUCAUCCCUCUCUUUGUGGAGGUGGUGAUGGAGAGGCUGAUGCGAGGCGUCAAGUCAAGCGAGCUCCGCACCAUGUGUCUGCAGGUGGCCAUCGCGGCCCUGUACUACAACCCAGCGCUGCUCAUACACACUCUCGACAACACUCACUUUCCAAACAACCCGCAACCCAUUACUGCCCACUUCGUCAACCAGUGGAUGAACGAUACAGAGUUCUUCAUGGGCCUCCACGACCGGAAGAUGUGUAUCAUCGGUCUCAGCGUGCUGAUGGAGCUCCCCAACAGACCCCCAGCUCUGGACGGAGUUGCCGUUCAGAUCGUCCCAUCCAUCCUGCUGCUCUUCCUGGGUCUCAAGCACCUCUACGCCUCCCGACUCAUCAACAAACCGGAUCUGCUGACUCGCGCUUCGGCACAGGAGGAAGACCAAAAUGAGGAGAUUCCCAGCGAUGAAGAUGAGGUGAGCGAGAACUCCGGCGCCAUGCCGCAGCAGCGUGCGCACCAGGCGGGGAUGACCAUGGGCUCCGGCGACGAUGAAGAUGAUGACGACGACGAUAAAGAUGAUGACUGGGACGACGACGGCUUCGAGGGAACGCCGCUGGAGGAGUACAGCACGCCUCUGGACUACGACAAUGGAGAGGACGAGUACCAAUUCUUCACCUCUGCUCUGCUCCGGGUCCAGAAUACGGACGCGGCCUGGUACCACAGUCUGACCGCUCCACUCAGCGAUGACCAGAAGAAGCAGCUGCAGGAGAUCUACAGCAUCUCACAACAGAGAAGGAGCACUGCCACAAAGGGCCAUUGAGCUGUGAUGCUGAGUCAGAGAGACGGUGACAAAGAAGAAGCGUGGAGCUGGUCUGACCUGUUAUGACGUGGUUUUCAGCCUGGCCUGAAUCCCCUUGGCGCAGAUCAGACCUGGACCUUCACCAAGAGUCUGACCCGAGGUGCCAUCAGAACCUGGUGGAAUAGCAGGGCCUGACUCCGGGCUACAGAUCUCUGUUUGUGAGACCUGGAGCUCUGAAGAUCGCCCCCUACUGGAUGACUUGACAGCAGCGUGUGUGUACCUGAGUUAGUUGUGUGGACUGCAUUGUAUAUAUAUUUGUCUUUGACCAGCGUGCAGUCGUGAGCGUGUGUAUGUGUGUGUGUGUGUGUAUGUAUAGCUGUCAAAAACACAAGUGUGUGUUUGUACAGUAGCUCUGAUAUCUGUCUCUAUAUCAAAACACUUUCUAUCAUCUCAUAAGUGUCUUGUUAACAGACUGCAGAUGGAAGAGACCUGCGGAGGCGAUGUCACAUAAUGAAAUGCAGAACUGGGUGAGGGAUUCUGGGAGAUGUAGUUUUUUUGACUUUCAAUUGUCUUUGGGUUUGGUUUUUGUAAACGGUUUUCAGAACUAAUUUAAAAAAGGUCAUAAAAUUCAUAUAAUGUUGAUACGACUUGUUUGUUUGUUUACACAACAAAAGAGCACAGAAAUGUACUUGUGUUUUAACCCUUAAAUUCAAACUUGAUUAUGUCAUUCAGGUGUUUUUAUACAGAAGUCUUUUGAAUAUUCCACUCAUUGAUUUCAGUGGAAGCACUGGGCUCUGGUGGUGGCUGUUGAUACAACAACAAUCUCUUUUGAUAGCAUUUCGUUUUUCAGCUUUCAAGUGUGAGUCAGAAUGUUUACCAAUGUCCGUAUAACUCUAUACAUCAUCAUAUGAAAUUGUUUAUGAAUUUAUUGUACAUUAUCAUAAUCUCCAAGUAUGACUUGCCUUCACCUCAUGAUAUUCAAAAUAUUUGCCGUCAUGUGCAUUUUUCUGUACUAUCUCUAAGAGAUAAAAACAGGAUCAGUAAUAAAGUUGCAGAAGAAAAACGAAUGGAAAAUAAUCUAUGAAAAUGGUGAGAUGAACCGUGCCAGUUAAAGAUGACAGAAAAGGAACAAAGAACAGUUGAUGGUGAAAACAUUUUACAGUAUGAAAAUCCCAAGUGUCAAAUGAAAGAUGUAGUGUAAAUCACUAUGCUAUUUGCACAAAUAGUUCUACUGUGAAGAAAAGGCUUUGC